CGGUAAUAUGAUUGUAGGCGUGGCCAUUUCCCGUGAUAUCGAGAAGUACGAUGAUACGAAGUCGAAGCAUAGAAGAAAAUCCUGCUCUCAAGAAACUAGAAGAAGCUGAAUAUUUGCUAAAUGAAGACACCCAAACAAUUAAAGAAUUGAACUUAAAAAUCAAGGAAGAAAAUAAAAACUGGGACAGACAAAAAGCUGGGCUAGAUUGCAAACGUUCUGAAGUGAAAAAGAGUAUUAAAAAGUUAGAGGGAGAGAAGGAACAUGUUGAUAGAUUGACCAGCUCCUCCCGUGAUGCUCGUAAGAUGUAUGGAGACAUGACCCCAGGGGACACCACCCAUCAAGAUGUGACACUAGCAUAUCAGAAUCACUUUAAGAGUGCUCAACGUAACAUGCCAAAGAAAAUAACAAGCAAAGAUAAAUAUGAAGUGUGGGAAGACUGUGCACAAAAUGUGCAGGAUGCAUUUGAUGAUAACAGAAAAGAGCUUAUACAAAAGAUGCUUGAAAAGGUUCAAGAUGCAGUACUUGAAGAUCAUAAAAAGCUGGAUGAGACAACAUAUGAUUUACAGAGGGCAUUUCAAAUGUUUUUACAAGCCCAGUGUUCCGAUGAAAAAGUUCAAGAAGACAUCAUAGAAGAGAUUACUAAUACUAGUAGUGAUGAAGAAAAAGAACAAAGAAGGAAAGAAGUUAAGAUUGUCAUGGAUAUUCUAAUGGCUCUUCACCCUGAUGACUACAUACCAUUCAUUAAUGAUCGAGAGCCAAGGAAAAGACAGCCUCAAGAAAUAAUGUUUGAUCAAGAACAAUAAACUUAUGUAGCUAUAGCUAGUUUUAUAGCAAUGACUUAAGGCUUGUUUCUUACAGUUAGUUUUCAAUAAUUGUAUUGAAAUGUA